AUUCUUGAUUACGUGAGCUUGAUUAGUGCGCGUAUAACAGCUACUACAGCUCGUUCUGCAUUGCACCUACCAACCACGUUGUCUCCCGUUGCAUUUGCAUGCGGCCAUGGCGAUGAAGGCGCCGGCGUCGUCCAACUCCUACCUCCUCCUCGCCCCGCUCGCGCUGCUCCUCCUCGCCGCCGUCGUCUUCCUGCUCCCUUCUCUCAACGGCGCCCGCGUCGGCUCCGAUGGCGGCCUCGGCGUCCUCUGCGCCCGCCGCAGCGCUGGCGCCGAGGACUACACCGUCGCGGCGCCGGCGGCGCCGAAGGAGGAGGAGAAGCCCGAGCUGAGCCUGCUCGUCGGCGUCCUGACGAUGCCGAAGCGGUACGAGCGCCGCGACAUCGUGCGGCUGGCGUACGCGCUGCAGCCGGCGGCGGCGCGGGCGCGGGUGGACGUCCGCUUCGUGUUCUGCCGCGUGGCCGACCCGGUGGACGCGCAGCUGGUGGCGCUGGAGGCCGCGCGCCACGGCGACGUCGUGGUGCUCGGCGGCUGCGAGGAGAACAUGAACCACGGCAAGACGCACGCGUACCUCUCCUCCGUGCCGCGCCUGUUCGCGUCGUCCCCCUACGACUACGUCAUGAAGACCGACGACGACACGUACCUCCGCGUGGCGGCGCUCGCCGACGAGCUCCGCGGCAAGCCCCGCGACGACGUCUACCUCGGCUACGGCUACGCCAUGGGCGGCCAGCCGAUGCCGUUCAUGCACGGCAUGGGGUACGUCGUGUCGUGGGACGUCGCGACGUGGGUGUCCACGGCGGAGGAGAUCCUCGCGCGCAACGACACGGAGGGGCCCGAGGACCUCAUGGUCGGGAAGUGGCUCAACCUCGCCGGACGCGGCCGGAAUCGCUACGACCUCAAGCCGCGGAUGUACGACCUCAGCUGGGACAUGGACAACUUCCGGCCGGACACCGUCGCCGUGCACAUGCUCAAGGACAACCGCCGGUGGGCGGCGGCGUUCAGCUACUUCAACGUCACCGCCGGGAUCAACCUGCACCACCUCUCACCAUGAUCGAUCGAUCGAUCGAUCACCUCUUCGAUGAUCCAUAAUUGUUGUUUGUUAAUUUCUUCCCCGUUUGAUUAAUUCUAAUUAACUAAUCGUUCGACACAUUCUUUAACGGGUUUAAUUCGAUUCGUGCAUUGGUUGUGCGGUGCACGAACACGGAUGCGCGAGCUGUGCCUCGGUUUGACUCGCUCAAAUUCGAUUUCGGCUGCUCGAUUUCUUGGUGAUCAUCGGGUUGAUCCUGUUCGAUCGAUUCGUCAUUGAUCGCCUCGUGACAACGAUAGGUGUGGUUGUAAUUGGCGGAUUGAUGAGAAACAGCACGGUGUGUCCGCGUGUGGAGGAAAUGAAAGCAUUCAAGAUGGGGGGGUCGCCGGCUGAUGGAUAUGAUAACUCAAAGUUUGUAUCCAUCUUCUUCAUACGAUUAGGGUUGAUGCAAGUGGUCCGCAGGGUGAAGCUGUAGUAGACUUGUAGCCUCCAAAGUGGAAUGUGCUUGCUCUGCUUGUUAUUAGCUCUGUAAUUUGCUUGUACUCCUCUUGCAAAACGUAAUUUGUCAAGGCUGUAUAUUUCAGAUAGCUUUGCCAUAUCAAUUUUGGGGAUUUCCUAUGUUGUUUUUGGUGGUCUCACUCAAAAGAAAAGUGCAUAACAAUAGUGCAAGAUGUACUUAACCUUGACUGGAGCAAUGUCCGUUGCAUUCUCAAGCAUUAAACCUGUAUAUCACAACCUACGAUCUUAUUAUACAUUCGGUAGUUUGGCUCC